CAACUAGGAAUUCAGCCAAACCCCCAUUGUGUCCCCACUGUACAAACAACAGUCAAAACCCUCACAGCGGUGCUAGCAGCCUAAACACCAUGCCCAUCGGCCCGCAGCUCCCACCACAUCUCACAGGCAACCACAACUCCGCCGGCCCGUCGGACGACGAGGACGAUGGAGCCUUUGGACCAGCUCUCCCACCAGAGCUGGCAGCCAAGCGGAAGCUCGGCCCGCAGCGACCACCGUCGAGCGACGACGAUGAUAUCGGCCCAUCAAUAGGCCCUGCGCGGCCCACGGGUCCUGCACUGCCUGGGCCAUCACUCCCGAGCACGAGCGGGCCAUCGCGGCCACCGCCAGGCCCAGCACGCCCUCCGGCACCCGACUCGGACUCGGACGACGACUUUGUCGGCCCACGGCUGGACGACAUCGGCCCCGUGCCGGCACGUUCUGCGGCCGACGAGUUCCGCGAGCGUGAGCGGCAGCGGUGGGAGCGCGAGAAGGAGAAGAAGGAGGGGCCAAAGGUCACGCAGCGCGAGGAGUGGAUGCUCGUCCCGCCGUCGAGCGGGAGCUUGUCUUCGCUCGACCCGACAAAGCGGCCGACGUCGUUCAACCGUACCUCCAAGGCGGCGAUCACGCCCGAGGACCAGACGAUUUGGACCGAGACGCCGGCGCAGAAGGCACAGCGCCUCGCAGACGAGAUGGCAGGCAUCAAGCGCAAAAAGGACGCCCGGCCGGAUGUCGAGGAGGAGGACGAGAGCGAGCGCAAGCGCCGGAGGCAGAGGGACCGCGAUAUCAGGGAGGGUGUGGAAAAGCACAACACGUCGACGCGCGGUGCGUCGCUGCUGGAACAGCACCAGAAGAAGAAGGCUGCCGGCAAGGACGAGGACGACUUCCAGCCCAUCUGGGACCGCGAGAAGCACAUGGGCGUCACGGGACGCCUCCUCACCGACCAGGAGCGCAGCCAGAAGAUCCGUGACGCGCGUGGCCUCAACGACCGGUUCGGGCACGGCAAGGGCGGUGCGUACGCGCAGUAG